AUGAUUGUCUCGGGCAGUGCCGAAGAACGAGAAACCCAAAUCUGUCGAUUAGGAUGGACUCUUUUAGCAUUGUGGCUGGUUACUGUCAUCUACAUGACUAAGGAGAUUUGGUUCGGCCAAACAUCGAUCGGCGAAGAAGAAGCUCGCCAACAGAAGUCGCGUCGGAAAUCAGCGUCGUUCGUCGCCGAAUCUGUCAUCUGA